UUCCCAGUCAGGAGAGCAGCGGCAGCAGCGCGGGAGCCCCAAUGGAGAAAAAUAAGAAGGAAAGAAAAUAUGGGCCAAGUUGCUUUGGUUAUCCACUCAGCAUUUUCUUCAUUGUCAUCAAUGAGUUCUGUGAAAGAUUCUCCUACUAUGGAAUGCGAGCUGUGCUUGUUCUGUACUUCAAAUAUUUUCUCCAUUGGGAUGAUAACCUAUCUACAGCCAUCUACCACACGUUUGUUGCUCUGUGCUAUUUGACUCCAAUCCUUGGAGCAAUCAUUGCUGACUCCUGGCUGGGAAAGUUCAAGACCAUUAUCUCCCUGUCCAUUGUUUAUACCAUUGGACAGGCGAUCAUGGCAGUAAGUUCCAUAAAUGACUUGACAGACUAUAACAGGGAUGGAACUCCUGAUAACAUUCCAUUGCACAUUGGUCUGUCUAUGAUUGGCCUGAUCUUAAUUGCUUUUGGUACUGGCGGAAUCAAGCCCUGUGUAGCAGCAUUUGGUGGAGAUCAGUUUGAAGAAGAACAGGAAAAACAAAGAAAUAGAUUCUUCUCUCUAUUUUAUUUGUCUGUUAAUGCCGGAAGUCUCCUCUCUACUAUAAUCACUCCAAUUCUCAGAGGAGAAGAAUGUGGAAUUCACACCAAGCAACAGUGUUACCCACUGGCCUUUGGAGUGCCUGCCGCACUCAUGGCUGUUUCAUUGAUGGUGUUCAUACUUGGAAGCAAAAUGUACAAGAAAGGUCAUCCUCAAGGCAAUAUAAUGCUCGAGGUUUCCAAAUGCGUUGGAUUUGCUGUCAAAAACAGAUUUCAGCAUCGCAGAAAACAGUUCCCCAAAAGAGAACACUGGCUGGACUGGGCUAGUGAAAAGUAUGAUAAACGACUUAUUACACAAACUAAGAUGGUCUUGAGGGUACUUUUCCUGUAUAUUCCUCUCCCCAUGUUCUGGGCACUUUUUGAUCAGCAGGGAUCAAGAUGGACAUUACAAGCCACAACAAUGGAUGGAAACUUUGGAGCUAUUCAGAUCCAGCCAGACCAGAUGCAGACCGUGAACCCGAUUCUGAUUGUUGUUAUGGUCCCAAUUGUAGACGCUGUGGUUUAUCCUUUAAUUAAAAAAUGCCACUUCAAUUUCACGCCCCUGAGGAAAAUUACAGUUGGUAUGUUUCUUGCAUCUCUGGCUUUUGUUGCUGCUGCACUGGUACAAGUGCAAAUCGAUAAAACUCUUCCAGACUUCCCAAAAGAAGGGCAAUCCCAAAUCAAAGUAAUAAAUUUAGGCACUGAUGUUGCAAAAGUUGACUUUGGCCCUGGAGUUGAAAAUAUGUCUGUGGAAUCUCUGAUGGCGACAAACUAUAUGACAUUUGACACUACUAGCUUAAAAGGAAUGAAUAUAGCCUAUGGAAAUCAAAUCUUAAAUCGGUCUCUUAAUUUUCUGGGAAAAGAACGUCAUACUCUUAUACUAAAAAAUUCAGGUGACAUCCAAACUGAACUGCUGCUUGAUGGCCUUACAUCAAAGUCAGAAGAUGGAAAAAAUCAAAUCAGAUUUAUAAACAAUUUGGCUUCAACCAUCAACAUCACAAUGGAUAGUACUCAUUUUGAAGAUGUGAUGAAAUUUUCUGCCACCAAUUAUACAUCCUUUACAAGAGGCGUAAAAGAGAUAGUUGUUGUUGGAGACAAUUCACUGACUUGCAAAAAUCAGUCAAUAUCAUUUGGAUAUGGCAGUGCAUAUACUAUUGUAAUUCAAGGGUGUAACAACAACACACUAGCACUCAGAUACGUUGAAGAUAUCCAGCCCAAUACAGUUCACAUGGCUUGGCAGAUCCCUCAAUACUUCAUUAUGACAUGUGGUGAAGUGGUCUUCUCUGUCACUGGACUGGCAUUUUCCUAUUCUCAGGCACCUUCCAACAUGAAAUCGGUGCUUCAGGCAGGCUGGCUGCUGACUGUGGCUGUUGGUAACAUCAUUGUUCUUAUUGUGGCUGGGGCAUCAAAACUCAGCGAGCAGUGGGCAGAAUAUGUGCUGUUUGCUGCUUUACUGAUGGCAGUUUGCAUUAUAUUUUCCAUCAUGGCUUAUUUUUACACCUAUGUGGAUCCAGUUGAGAUUGAAGCCCAACUUGAAGAGGAUGAAAAGAAGAAAAUGGAAAAUGAGAAAAGCAUUUGUGAAAAUGGAACUGGGCCUAUCUCUCAGAGUGAGAUGUAAAGAUGAAUUCAGAACUUAAUGAUGUAAAUUUAUGGCAUCUUAUUAACUACAUCCACAGUAAGAGGAACUGGAGUAUCCUUAACAACCAUUGGAUGGGCUCUCUCAUAGGAAGGGGGGAAAAGAGCAGUGCUCAUUUAAAAUGCAGACCCUCCUGAGGCGCAAGAUCAAGAGCUUAGUCUUUUGUACAGAACACGAUACUCCAAGAAAACUCUGGAAACUUGCUCCCAGCAGAAUUUGCACUUUAAAAAUGGACCUGAAGCUUAAAUCCCAAAGCAUUAAAAUACUGAAAUUGCACUUGACAGAGUUGAAGAGUUCCUCUGAUGAAAAGAUGUAUUAUUUUUAUAUUGUAUUGUAAUUUUAUAUUGUGAAAAGGCAAAUAUUAAUUAAAGCCAAGCCGUUUGCACAGCCCCAGCAGCCCACUAUUAUUCAGGAGCAACUGGUCAGUGGAGUUUUGAAAAUCCUUUUUUAAACUGCCUUACAAAUAGUGAAUGGAAAAAUGCAUGGAUUAAUUAUAGAAAGCUGUACAUACUGUAAAUGUUACCAGUUAGUAUUACACUACAGCCCCCUACAAUCCACCUGUGCACUCUGUCUACCCAUUUAACUGCUGGUAACUUUAACCAAAUAUUUAGACUCAGGUGGCCACCAAGAUGAAGACAAAGGAGAAUGGAACUCUGGAUGAGCAGUAGCAUCUAAAAUAAAACUCACAUAAUAACGAAACAAUGUAGUUUGAGGUGUUUCUUUGAGGGGGGAAAAGGAGUUGAAUAUAGUGUUUCAUGCUAAAGAAGAACUUUAGACCCCCACCUUGGAGUGGAUUAAGACCCCUACGUUGGAGUGGAUUUGUCAAGAUGUUACAACAAGCUCCUCUGCCAGCCUUUUUUUUGUCCACUAAGUUUACAAACAGAAGCAAAUAGUUCCCAUUGAGGACAACAUCUUCUGCCCAAAGUGUUGUCCUUAACAAAUAUAGCACUUACUUGCAAACUGUUAACUCUUUUCUUUUAACUUUAAAGUAAUAGU